AUGACCAGCCACUCACAGGGAAUCCAUCAGCUUUUACAAGCAGAGAAACGAGCCAAAGAAAAGUUAGAGGAAGCCAAGAAGAGGAAAGGACGGCGGCUGAAACAAGCAAAGGAUGAGGCUCAAGCUGAGAUAGAUCAAUAUCGUCUGCAAAGGGAGAGAGAGUUCAGACAAAAGCAAGAUUCGAUCAUGGGAUCUCAAGGUAACCUUUUAGUCAAAGUGGAUGAGCAAACCAAAGCAAAAAUCAAUGGGCUCGUAAGCAACCAUGAACAGAAUAGUGAAAAGGUUCUGCAAGACCUCUUGGGGAUUGUUUGUGAAAUCAAACCUGAAAUCCAUAUUAAUUUUAGAGAAGCUGGCUUCCAUUGA